AGUGGACGACUAUAUAUAAAGAUAUUUUUGUAAGUAUAUAUAUAUAAGUUAGUUAUAGUAGAAGCGAGUGAAGCAUGAAGAAGGAAAGUAUGGUGAUGAAGAGCAAGUAUUACUUAGUCAUAUUGAUGAUGAUGUUGGGUGGUGGAGGAGUUAUUGCAGAAAUAGUGAAAGUGGGAGUUGUACUUGAUCUUACCAAUGGAACUGUUGGAAAGAUUGGAUUGAGGUGCAUCAAAAUGUCCCUUUCAGAUUUCUACCUCUCUCAUUCUCAUUCUUAUCACAAAACCACUAUCCAACUUAUCGUCAGGGAUUCUCUUCGUGACGUCGUCACCGCCGGUCAACAAGCUAUCGAUCUCAUAAAAAAUGAGAAAGUGCAAGCCAUAAUUGGACCAACAACAACAAUGGAAGCAAAUUUUAUGAUUGAACUUGGAGACAAAGCUCACAUACCCAUUGUAACAUUUUCAGCAACAAGCCCUUCACUUGCAUCACUUCAAAGUCCAUAUUUUUUCCAAGUAUCACAAAAUGAUUCAUCACAAGUAAAAGCUAUCACCUCAAUUAUCCAAGCUUUUGGUUGGAAAGAAGUGGUCCCCAUUUACAUAGAUAAUAGUUUUGGUGAAGGUCUCAUUCCUUACUUAAUCACUGUUCUUCAACAAGCUUAUAUUAGAGUUCCAUAUCUUAGUGCAAUUUCAAUUUCAGCCACGGAUGAAAUUAUCAUUGAAGAGCUUCAUAAAUUAAUGACUACUAUAUCAACAAAAAUAUUUGUUGUGCAUAUGUCGCAAAAUCUUGGCUCUCGAUUAUUUACCUUAGCUAGAAAAAUUGGAAUGAUGAGUCAAGGCUAUGUUUGGAUAGUAACCGAUAGUAUGGCUAAUUUAUUCAAUUCAUUGAAUAUUUUGGUGAAGGAAUCAAUGAAGGGUGUAUUAGGUGUUAGGCCUUAUAUUCCAAGAACAAAAAAGCUUGAAAAUUUUAGAGCUAGAUGGAAAAGAAAAUUUCCAAGUGACAAUGAAACACUUUUUGACACAAAUUUGAACGUUUUCGGAAUAUGGGCUUAUGAUGCUACUACAUCAUUAGCAAUGGCUAUUGAGAAUGUUGGAAUUGGUCAACAAAAUGGUGAGAAAUUGAGUGAGGCUUUGUCAAACAUUACAUUUAAUGGACUUGGUGGUGAUUUUAGUAAUGUUGGAAUUGGUCAACAAAAUGGUGAGAAAUUGAGUGAGGCUUUGUCAAACAUUACAUUUAAUGGACUUGGUGGUGAUUUUAGUGUUGUUGGUGGGAAGUUAAAUGUAUCAAUAUAUGAGAUAAUUAAUGUGAUGGGUGAUGGGGAAAAGAAGGUUGGAUAUUGGACACCAGAUAAAGGGUUGACUAAAAAUUUGGACAGAAAAGACAUAAACAAUAGCACAUAUUCUUUUUCUAAAAAUGAUAUUGGAUCAAUCCUAUGGCCAGGGGAUAUGCAUUGUAUUCCAAAGGGAUGGGAAAUUCCAACUAUUGGGAAGAAGUUGAAGAUAGGUGUUCCAGUUAGAAAGAACUACACUGAAUUUGUGAAAAUAACACAUGAUAAUAGUACCAAUUCAAGACCACCCACCGGCUUCUGUAUUGAAGUCUUCAAAGCUGUGUUGGAAGUGUUGCCUUAUGCCUUUCCACCAUAUGAAUUUGUUCCAUUUGCAAAGCCUGAUGGUGAUAUGGCAGGAACUUAUGAUGAGUUGAUCACUCAACUUUACCUUGGGAAAUAUGAUGCGGUAGUGGGUGAUGUAACAAUAAUUGCAAACAGAUCCAACUAUGUUGAUUUCACAAUGCCAUACACAGAAUCUGGUGUGACAAUGAUUGUUUCACUGAAAGACAAGAGAAAGAAAAAUGCAUGGACUUUUUUGAAGCCACUUACAUGGGAUCUUUGGGUAACAUCGGCUUGUUCAUUUGUAUUCAUUGGAUUUGUUGUAUGGGUCCUUGAACAUCGAAUAAACAAUGAUUUCAGGGGACCACUCUCUCAUCAGAUUGGCACAAGCUUAUGGUUUUCUUUCUCAACUAUGGUCUAUGCUCAUAGAGAGAAAGUGGUGAGCAACUUGGGUAGAUUUGUGGUGAUAGUAUGGGUUUUUGUGGUUCUAAUUUUGGUUCAAAGUUACACUGCAAACUUAACUUCACUCUUAACAAUUGAACAACUAAGUCCAGCUAUUACAGAUGUUCACCAACUUCUAAAGAAUAAGAUGAAUGUUGGCUAUCUCAAAGGUUCUUUUGUUUAUGGAAUCUUGAAGAACUUAGGUUUUCAAGAUUCACAGCUCAUAACUUAUCAAUCCCCUGAAGAAUGUAAUGAGCUUUUCAUAAAAGGAACUGUAAAUGGUGGCAUUGAUGCUGCUUUUGAUGAAGUUCCAUAUGUUAAGCACUUUCUUGGAACUUAUAGUUGUUCAAAGUAUGUCAUGGUUGAACCAAGAUUUAAAACUGGUGGUUUUGGCUAUGCAUUCCCAAAAGGUUCACCUCUUGUAGCUGACAUUUCAAGGGCAAUCUUAAAUGUGACUCAAGGAGACAAAAUGAAAUCAAUUGAGAAUUUAUGGUUCAAGAAUAAUAGUUGUCUGGAUUCUAAUGCAGAAAUUUCAUCUAAUAACAGUCUUGGCUUAGAAAGCUUUUGGGGUCUAUUUCUCAUUGCAGGUUUAUCUUCCUUAUUAGCACUCCUAAUCUUUGUGGUGACAUUUCUUUAUCAGCACAAACAUAUUUGGUUAGACAGUAAUACAGGUACUUCAAUAUGGAGAAGUAUUAAAGUCUUGGUAAGGGUAUUUGAUCAAAGAGACUUGGACAGUCACACAUUCAAGAAAAGUAAAAUGAUUGGAAGUAAAAAUGAAAGCAUUGGUGCGGAUCAUGAUGAUUUAGGUGUAGUUGAGGCCUCUCCAGGUACACAUUGUCCACCUAGUCCAUCUAGUCAAACCGAAUCAAACUUUUUUGUUUAUGGUGAUUUUAAUCCAAAACAUGGUGAUAUUAAUCAUUCUCAAAACACAGAAAUAGAAGUUGCGCAUAUUACGAAUGAAGAAGUUUCCACUAUGAACAACUGUGAAAUUAACUCUCAAGCAACGUGACAUCAUCUACAAUUGUAACAUUAUGCUCCAAAAAAUUGUAUUAGUUCAAAAUUAAUUUUGUAUCUCACUUGUGAUAGUUGAUUAAUGAAGAUAUAAAAAUUGCCCAUUAUAUUUUUGGGCAUGGUAUUAUUUAGUCCAUAUGGAAAUGAACUUGACGAUGACAUAGAGAGAAUGUAGCUAAUUAUUAUCAAA